AUGAUACCAACAAAAGCUCGAACAUCAUCUCGUGGUCGACUCAGUUCAACCAGCACAGGUCGUCGUUUAACGAACAUUCUUUUAAAACAUUCUAUCUCCCGUGGGAGCGCCACAACGAGUAGUAUUGGUUCAGUUCGAACACCGAGACCUGGUUCGAUUGUCUCGGACUUCAACGUCUUAGAUGAAAAUGAUUAUGAAAUGACUCGAGAGAUUAUGCACGAACUAGUCGACGAAAUACAAAUUGAAAAGCCGUUAAUCAGCUUCAAUGAAGUAUUCCUUGAACGAGAUGAUGUUAUCGGUUGUUUAUUGAGAAUUUUCAAUGAAUACGCGGACAAAGUCAACGAAAGCAAGCGAAUAUCACGCGAACGAAUGUUAAAAUUAUUGGAACAAUCCGAUAUAUUCGAGAGUGAAUAUGCAACAUCGAUGUUCAACACCGAUUGGAAUCAUUUACGUAAACAGCUGAUCAAGAAGAAGAUCUACGAACGAAAGAAUAAAGAUUUCGACUUUUGUGGUUUCAUUCAAUUUCUCGACAUUAUCAAAUUUCGCUUGCGUUUAAGUAAAGACGAGAUUUAUAGAAAGAUCAUCAGUUCACAGAUUUACAACGAUGUACUCAAAUUAAAACAAGUCCAAGAUAAAAUUCAAUUAGGUUUAUUACCAUCGAUGUCAACACUGAUUAAGCAAUACAAUGAUAUACAAAUGGGAAUGAAUGAUCGACGUGUGUUAGGGAACAAGCGAAAGAAAAAGAAAAAGAAGAAGAAGAAGAAGAAGAAGAGUCGAAAACGGAAAAGUAAAACGAAGGCGAAAAAGUCGACAAAAAAAGUGCCACGAAAAGAUGGGGGACUUGAACAAUCUGAUGGCAAACAACAAAUGGACGCAGUGUUAACCACAACCGAUAAGGUUUUAUCAAAAGAUGUAGCCAAACUUAAAACUAUACAUAUGUUUGAAACGUACAUUCAACGUGAUGAACUUGAUAAAGAUCUUCUGAACAAAUUAUCUGAUCUAUUUCAAUUAUCAUCCGAACAAUUUGAACAUGGUCUAAUCCGACAAAAUGUUUUUAUUCAAUGGCUCCGCGUUUCACAUGUUAUUCCCGAUGUCUAUUCAAGAAAUCUCAUUGAGAGCGUCUUGUCAAAUGUGUUAGCUCGCAAUAUUAACAAUGGUGUAUACAAAAUAAACACAGAUACUUUCAAUUGGAAUGGUUUUCUCGAUUGCAUUGAUAUCUUAGCGAAAGAAAUUCAUAUUUCAUUGAAUGACUUCGCUAAAAGACUGCUCGUUGCCGAUGCAUCGUCAUUUCAAAGGUGGCGUAGUGAAUUCGAACAAGUUCCGGAAGUUGGAUCAACCAAGAAACUCAAUCGUCCAUGGGAUACAAAGAAAGUUCUAGCUGCCGUUCACCUUAUGCGUGAUGUUGUGGAAGAAAGUCGAAAAUUACACUUAACUGAUGAUGAACGUAAACGUCUACGUUCGCUUUACAAAGAAUUUGCGACAUUCGCCUACCGCCGUCAGAGUUCACAUUUAGAAGCGCGUUUAACAAACUCGGUCCUGAGCAAUUGGAUGCGUGAAUGUCGAAUAUUCGAUGAUAAUUAUACAAUUAAUGAACUUGAUAAAGACUUUAUUUCAAUCUUAGGUGAUUUGACAUUGAAUGGUGUUUAUCCACAAGGCACACGUGAUAUCGAUUUCGAUGGUUUUCUCUUAUUGCUUCAAACCAUUGCGGCACAUAAACAUAUCCGAGCAGACGAUAUGGUCCAAAUGAUUUUUGCUGGACCACGUAGUCCAUUACAAAAAACAAGUGAAUUUAAUGAGCAUAUGGAUCGUACAAAAGUUCACACGAGUCAAGGCAAUUAG